ACUUAUUGCUGUGUAAUUUUUUUCUCGCCAUUAAAUUAUUAAUGUUAUUACUAUGUGCGUUAUAUAAAUAUUUUUUUUUAUUUAACACUUUCACUCACUCUUCAUCAUGUUAAAGAUAACUUGGUGUGUGUUAGUGUUCGUUGCAAUAAAUUCCAUAUCUGCGGACCAUUCUUUAGAUGACGACCUGUUUGACGUUGGUGAUGGUGCAGGUUUAGACAAGUCAUUUCAUCCACUGACUUCCUCAGUCGAGAGAGAUAGAUAUCGGAAUUCAGCAUCCUCCUUGAACAGACCAGUGGUCCAUGUGGUACAACCAAAACCUCGUAUCAGUCGAUCUAGGCUGGCAAAGAACCAAUGGCCCAAGGUAAAGGUUUCGUCGUCGAGUGCGCACGCUGACACGCAAUGCUGUAGAGGUGACCACGAUUUCAUAGCAGCAAAACAAUUUAGAGUGGACUCUUCGGAUUCAUCUGAAGAGCAACACGAUUUCAUAGGCGUAAAGAAAUUUGGACCGGUCGAUGAAAAGAAGCAUGAACUUAGAGAGCAACACGAUUUCAUAGGCGUAAAUAAAUUUGGACCGCUCCAUGAAAAGAAGCAUGAACUUAGAGAGCAACACGAUUUCAUAGGCGUAAAGAAUUUUGGACCGGUCGAUGAAAAGAAGCAUGAACUUAGAGAGCAACACGAUUUCAUAGGCGUAAAGAAAUUUGGACCGGUCCAUGAAAAGAAGCAUGGACUUAGACCGGAUGACCAAUUUAAAAUUGUGAGACAAGGACAUCACACCCAGCCCUUCACCGAAACAUAUUUAUUAUUUGAUGCCCAAGCAAGAAGAUCUAGGUGAACAAUAAAAU